ACUGCCGGUUCCCAAACUAGAAGACACAAUUAGGAGAUACCUGAAUGCCCAGAAACCUCUUUUAAAUGAUGACCAAUUCAGGAAAACUGAAGAACUUGCUCAUCAGUUUGAAAAGGGAAUUGGAAGAGAGUUGCAUGAGCAACUGGUUGCUCAAGACAAUCAGAACAAGCAUACUAGUUACAUCACAGGUCCCUGGUUUGACAUGUACCUAAAAGCACGUGAAUCUGUUGUUUUGAAUUUUAAUCCAUUUAUGUCUUUUAACCCUGAUCCAAAAUCUGAAUAUAACGAUCAGCUCAUACGAGCUACGAACAUGACGGUUUCUGCUAUACGUUUUAUGAAGACCUUCAGGGCUGGUUGCCUGGAACCAGAGGUUUUUCACCUCAAUCCGGAGAAAAGUGACACUCAGCUCUUCAAAAACAUUAUCCGAUUUGUGCCUUCUUCAGUUUCUUGGUUUGGUGCCUACAUGGUCAAUGCAUACCCCCUAGAUAUGUCUCAGUACUUCAGGCUUUUCAACUCUACGCGGCUGCCUAAGCCUGACAGAGAUGAGCUUUAUACAGAUGAAAAGGCAAAACAUUUACUAGUACUGAGAAAUGGGAAUUUUUAUGUAUUUGAUGUUCUUGACAGAGAUGACAAUAUGCUGAAACCUUCCGAAAUACAAGCACACUUGAAAUACAUCCUUAGUGACAACAGUCCGGCCCCGGCCUUCCCUCUCGGCUACCUCACCAGUGAAAACCGAGAUACAUGGGCAUUGCUGAGAAAGAAUCUACUGGAUAAUGGCAAUGAAGAAGCUCUUCAGAAAGUAGACUCUGCUCUGUUUUGUUUAAGUUUAGAUGAUUUUCCCAUUAAAGACUUCAUGCAUUUGUCCCACACUAUGUUGCAUGGAGAUGGUGCUAACCGCUGGUAUGACAAAUCUUUCUCUCUGAUCAUAGCUAAGGAUGGCACUGCAGCAGUUAAUUUUGAGCAUUCCUGGGGAGAUGGUGUGGCUGUGCUCAGGUUCCAGAAUGAGGUUUUUAAAGACAGCACCAAGGCACCAGCCAUUAGCCCCCAGUCCCAGCCAGCUUCAGUAGACUCCUCUAGAGCAGUGCGUAAACUUGACUUUAAGCUGAAUGAUGCCUUAAAAGCAGGAAUUACCAAAGCCAAAGAGAAAUUUGAUGCCACUGUAGGAUCACUGUCUCUUAAUAUAAUUCAGUUCAAUGGGGGGGGCAAGGAGCUUCUGAAGCAGAAGAAAGUAAGCCCAGAUGCUGUUGCUCAGCUUGCCUUCCAGAUGGCUUUCCUUCGGCAAUACAAUCAGACUGUUGCUACAUAUGAGUCCUGUAGUACUGCAGCUUUCAAACAUGGUCGUACAGAAACUAUACGUCCUGCCUCUAUCCAUACAAAGAAAUGUUCAGAAGCUUUUGUCAGGGAAGUAUCCAAACACAGCACAGAAGAGCUUCAGAACUUGAUAGUGGAGUGCUCAAAAUACCAUGGCCGUUUGACAAAAGAAGCUGCUAUGGGUCAGGGAUUUGACCGACAUCUCUUUGCAUUGCGCCAUUUAGCCUCGUCCAAGGGUAUUGCACUGCCUGAUUUCUAUCAAGACCAAGCCUAUGCUCGGAUUAAUCACAACAUCAUUUCUACAAGCACACUGGUUAGCCCAUCUGUGCAAUUAGGAGGCUUCGGCCCAGUGGUGUCUGAUGGCUUUGGAGUAGGAUAUCAGGUACAUGAUGAUUGGAUAGGUUGUAACGUUUCCUCUUACCCAGCUAGGAAUGGUAAAGAAUACCUUCAGUGUAUACACAAGUCACUAGAAGAUAUCUUUAAUGUUUUAAAGGGCAAGAAAAUUGGCAGUUAGGCAAAAAUGCUGGAACACUUCACAGCUGCAGUACAAAAUGCAGACUGUGUCUAAUGGGCAAACUAAUCAGUGUUCAGCAUGGCUGAGACCACCCAGCUUAAUUGGCUUCAUUUAUCUUCACUGGACUUGAAUACUGUUAGGUUCAUAGGAAAUUUGUAUCUAUUUUAAAGAAAUCAAGUACAGACCUUGAAUGCACGUUUCAGGAAAUAGAACCAUUCGCAAUGUCAAAAUUAAGUAACACACCAGCUGUUCCAACAGAUCCACGUGUUCUUAGAACACUUUAUUUAAAAUACAGAGCAUUGUUACUUGAGUUUAUGAACGUGGAACGUGUUCCAUGAGUGUUCAGACAGACUUUAGUACUGUGAUACCACUCUUAAACUGUUUGAUUUAAAAAAUGAAAAAGCAAUAACUUGAAAUGUGAAAGAGUGGUUACAUUUGCACUCUUGCAGUAAGCUUGCUUACUAAUGGUCACACUUACUUUUCUCUUUAAACUUGAAUCAGAACUGAUUGUGCCUCAACUGCUUGAAGCUUUUCCACUGUAGCAGCUUUUUAUGAAACACAGAAAUGAAGUGGGAGGCUUUAAGUAACCUGCAGUCACCAACUGUGUUGUUAAAUUGACUGGAAAAGACUGUAUUUUAAUAAAGCUACCUAUUAAUAACUACAGAGUUCUUUUAUUGCCA